AUGAGCGCUGUCACGACCCGCAACGCAGAGGACCCGGGCCCUUUCCUCACCCAGGCCGUCCUGGCCCCCGCCGGUCCGACCUUGUACGUCUCUGGGCAGUGCGGCGUCGACCCGGCGACGGGCAAGUGCGUCGAGGGUACUUGCGCCGACCGGGCGGUGCAGGUGCUCAAGAACCUCGAGCAGGUGCUCAAGGCGGCCGACAUGGAGCUUGGCGACAUCGUCAUGGCGCAGAUCUACCUCACCAACCACGCAGAAGACAUGGAGCCAGUCAACGAGGUGUACAUGAAGGCGUUCGAGGGCUGCUCGCCCAUGCCGGCCCGAAUCUGUAUCGGCGUCGCUGCACUGCCGAUGGGCACCGACGUCGAGAUUGCCUGUACCGCCGUCAAGAGGUCCUCAUCGUAG